AUGUUCCAACAAGCAACUGCGCGUCUCACCCGCCGCUCAUUCCCCGCCGACAUCUCAGCAGCCAAGUCCCGUGUGGCGCAGUGGGAGCCGAAUCUUUCCCUCCCACAAUUUCCACACGGCAACAUAGUCCAGGACGAAGAUGACGGUCCACACUGGAUGACCACAUACAGCGCCUUCGACCCCGGCAUGAUGCGUCCCCUGCUCCUAAGCGGCAUUUCACUCGACGUUGAGCGCAUCAACCUCUCCGUGUUUGCGGUGCCGAAGUCGCCUGCUCUGGCAACUUACACUCCGCACAUGGCCUACACAUUUGCAAAGCCAUCGCACACUCAGCCAGUUGUCAACAUGUCCACAAAGCCGUGGCCGUAUUCUCUCCCGGAUUUCCUGCACCCGAAGCCUGGAACAACGUUUGGGAUGAUGCAUGGGAGUGGCUUGGUGGCUCUGGAGAAGGCGGGAAAUGUGGGGUUCUUGCAGGCGGUGUUGUUUGGGGUUCCGGAUCCUGAUAACGAUGGGGAGAAGGCGGGCGAUGUUGUGGAAGUGCAGGAUCGUGAAGUUGGUGGUAAGGGUUUGGUGGCGGUGCAGUCUGAGUCCUUCGAGGUGGUUGUUAAGUAG